AUGAGCAAGCCCCAGGUUGACAAGUCGUCGGUCGACUCGCUGAAGUUCAACGGGAAGUCCCUGCACUUCGCUGCGUGGAAGAGCAAGCUGAUCAUCUACCUCAGGGCGCUGAGUGAGCAACACGCACUCGAGGAGCUGCAGCGCAAUCGUGCAAAGCCGCUGGCGCGCUUCGAGGAUCUGCUCGAGAGCCAGCCGGAGCUGCAUCCACGCCCGCCCGCGGCGGACAAAGACGCGACAUGGCAGCACGAUUUGCACGAGACGCUGCUGAAUCAGCAGUCGUCGUACAUCAAGCGGCUGCUGUGUGAAACGCUGCCGGGCGGCUUCAAGGGAAUCGCGACCAAGCAAAUGGACGAGCCGGUCCAUGUGAUUUGGCGAGUUGUUGAGAAGCAGUACAGCCUCAGCAACGCGGCAGGCGUCGUCGGGCUGGUGCAGCAGUUCCUGGAGAUGGUGAACGCCGACUUGAAGAGCGUUGGCCAGCUCCUUCAAGACCUCAACAACGUGCGCAGCCAGGUCAAUGUGAACGCGCACGAGGCUCUGCACACGCACAUGAUCACGUCGAAGAUGAUGCUGGUCAUGAUGCUCGGUGUGCUUCCGAGGCACAUGUGGGGCUCCUCCGUCAAGUUCACGGAAGAGAGCUUCACGCUGGGGAAGGUGAGCGAGAAGCUCACCAACAUCUUCGGUAACAAAACCAAGAGCGAGAUUAGAGCUCUAGCCAGUGGCAAGCCUGUCAACCACGUCAAGUCGGCACCUGUCAAGGUGGCUCCUGCAAAUCCAAAGGGUUCCGUUCUGGGCAAGCGAAAGGCCGCAGACGGUCCGAUCAACGACGUCCACUACAACGUCGGGUACAUGAAAUGCCACUACUGCGCAGGCGCGCAAAACGAUCGGGAUGGCAUUGGCCCACACAAGAUGCUUGACUGCCCCGCGCGUCGCGCAUACAGGGCUGCGUGUGUGUUUCGCCGCAACGUGUGGACGUACCCAAGCCGCAAGGCUCGCAAGGAAGUGCACGAGCCUACGCCCAAGAUGAAGGGCAAUGGAAAGGGCAAGGCCAAGGAGCGUCGUGAAAUCCCAUUGGCUGAGUGCCUGGCCAAAGUCGUGUCGGUAGACGCGUGCGACGCGCAGCAAGAUUCGCUGCCCGCGACCCCGGAUGGGUGGGUACACGAGCCUGCCCCCAAGGAACUUUCAGCAGCCUGA